UCUGUUCUCUGUUCCUUGUUCCUUAUUCCUUUUAUUGUGCACAGCCCCAUAGGUGAAGACUAUCGAGUUUGGUCACAAGCGUUUUCAAGAAUAAAAAUUUUUAGAAUUAUUAAAAAAUUUUAAAAUACAGAGAUAUAAAAUUAUCGCGAAAUGUCGAACCUCUUCAUUCUGUUUGAACACGCUACUGGAUAUGUCCUAUUUCGUGUUAAAGAAUUCGAAGAGAUUGGAAUGUUGUUGCCUCAAGUGGAACAAUCAGUAACAGAUCUAUCACGUUUCCGUAGUAUCAUAAGCUUUGUUGGAUUUGCACCUUUCAAGUCAGGACUGGAGGCUCUCGAAAACAUCAACAAUAUUUCUGAAGGGAUUGUCUCAGAGUACCUGAAAGUCUUUUUAGAUUCUUCUUCCAAUGAGUUUACCAAGGAUUCUAUCCUUGGUGUUGCAGAUCCUAAACUUGGUGCCAGUAUCUCUGAAACUUUAAAUAUAAAAUGUGAUCACCUUAAUGCUGUUCCUGAGAUCCUUAGAGGAAUAAGAUAUCAUUUUGAUAAUCUGGUGAAAGGCUUCACUUCCGACGAUUCAAUAAAUGCGCAAAAAGGUCUUGGACAUAGUUAUUCAAGAGCUAAAGUUAAAUUCAAUGUGAAUCGAGUAGAUAACAUGAUCAUACAGAGCAUAACUUUGCUAGAUCAAUUAGACAAAGAUAUUAACACUUUCAGCAUGCGUAUACGUGAAUGGUAUAGUUAUCACUUCCCAGAACUUGCAAAGAUAGUUCCAGAGAAUUAUAUCUAUGCAAAGGUAGCACGAGUGGUACAAAAUAGGAAAGAAUUAACGGAUGAUAAGGUGUCUGCAUUAGAAGAAAUUGUUAUGGACAGCGCAAAAGCAAAGGCUAUUGUCAAUGCAGCUAAAUCAUCCAUGGGAAUGGAUAUAAAUGAGACCGAUUUAAGGAAUGUUCAACAGUUUGCUAAACGUGUUGUCGCAUUAGUAAACUAUAGAAAGAAAAUGUCUGAAUAUUUAACAUCAAAAAUGGCAGGAGUGGCACCAAAUCUAGCUACUUUAAUUGGAGAUCAAGUCGGCGCUAGAUUAAUAGCACACGCCGGUUCACUUACUAAUUUAGCAAAGGCUCCGGCCUCUACUGUCCAGAUAUUAGGAGCAGAAAAAGCUCUAUUCAGAGCAUUAAAAAGCCGUGGUAAAGCAAAUACUCCGAAAUACGGACUUUUGUUCCAUUCUACAUUUAUCGGCCGUGCUGGUAUCAAAAAUAGAGGUCGAAUCGCAAGAUAUCUGGCGAAUAAAUGCUCCAUUGCUUCUAGAAUCGAUUGUUUCACUGAAACACCAUUGAGAAUAUUUGGUGAAAAAUUACGACAGCAAGUAGAAGACAGAUUAGUGUAUUUCACAACUGGCAAAGAGCCAAAGAAAAAUUUAGACGUAAUGAGAGAAGCACUGGAGGAAACGGCACAUAUGUUGGCUACUAUGGAAAAAGAGAGAAAAGAAAAAAAGAAAAAGAGGAAAAGCCAAGUACUCGAAAACGGCCAAGAAAAUGGACAUGUUGAAAACGGCGAAGUAGAAGUGAAUACAUCUUUACGAAAAAAAAAGAAAAAAAGAUCGAAACACAUUGACGAAAACAACUAAUUGUGUAUCCUCUAUAGAUUCAUGCACUAUAAAUACAUCUGCUGGGUCUUUUUAUAUCAUAUAAAACGAGAUUGUGCGAAAAUGUAUUUCGUUAAUAAACAAUUUCCAAAAAUACACCAUUAUUUUUUAUAUACGGGGAGAACAUAUACAUUUUUUUAUAUUGAAGAAAAUAUACAUGGAUCUGCAAGGAUACUGUACUCAACAUUGCGUUGAUUUUAAUUACUAGAGUCAUAAAAUAUACAAUAAAUAACAUAAUAUAAGUAAUUGACUAAUUUUGCAAUAUACCAUAGAAUAUUAAAAUGACAAAACUGAGACAAAAAUAAUAGAUAAAAGAAAUUUUAUUGCUCCGAUUCGUUGUUUUUAUGAGAAUGGAUAGGAAUAAAAAGAGAGGCAAUUAUAAAAAUAAAUGAUGCUACCACUAAGUGUUAACACCAGCACCAAUUAUCAUUUAAUAACAAUAAGUCUAUAUAUAUAUAAAGUAGAUAUAUAUAAAUAUCUAAACAAUAAUUACAAUAAAAUUAUUAGAUCUAGCCAAGUCUCAGAGUCUCAAAAAUCAACAACUGAGCUAUUUAAAUAUCGGACCGCAUAUAAAUAUUAUAAGCAAUGUAUUACUUUGCUAUAAUUCACAUUGGAGGAUUAAUAAAUGCUCAUUGAUCAAAUAUAAAUUUCAUUUGAGAUGUUAUACAUCAGAUUAUGUAUAUUUUAUACGCGCGAUUAAUAUUGAUAUGUAUUAGUAUAAAACAUGAAUUU